CGCUAGCCACGUUUUCCUUCUUGAUAAAAGCUUCUCUCUCUUUCUCAUUUCCCAUUGGCACUCGGGAAUGUUUCGCAGUUCACACAACGAGGAAUUCGCAAAUUUCCCUCGAUCGAAGAGUGUGAAACAAACAGUUGGUGUGUUUUUAUUUGGGUUUUAUUCGAAAAGCUUCUGCAACCUCCUUUGAUUUUAGGAAUCCAAUAAGUUUAUUAAUGUGUGUGUGUCUGUGUUCGUUUGGAAGCUUGGAGUUUUUCUGGUAAACUGGAAACAUGGAAUUUAAGUGGUGAUCUUGGAGUUCUACAGAGGGAGGGAAUCCUAAAUUUUAUAGGCCUGUAGGUGCCCAGUGCCCUGCCAGGAUUCAAAUUCUCUUCUAUGGAGCAGCCAGGGAGAAGCCAAGCGGGGGAGAAGGCUAUUGAUUGGGAUCAAGCGCUCCACCUAUACGAAAGAAUAAUAGCUUCUGAGAAUGAGUCCUUACAAAUAAUGGCUACCGUCAAGCUCGGUCGUCUCUCAAGUUCUGCACCUGAGACUGUCUUAUCACGGACCCUUCCGAUCCUCGUAGACCUUCUCGGUAGGCCUCUGAAUGAUUCCGGUCCUUCAAUUCAAUAUGCUGCUGCGUAUUGCUUGAACUGCCUUUCCCGUCGAGACGAUGGUUCAAUGGCUGUGGCCAUUGGUCAAUCGGGUGCUAUCCGUUGCCUCCUGGGGUUAUUACCACAAUCUGAAGCCAGCUUCCGGAGAGUCUUGAUGAAAUGUCUUUGGAGGCUCGUCACGGUUGGUAGUGUUAACAAUCGCGUCACUGUAGCUAGAACUGGUGGAUUGGAAGUUCUUAUCAAUAUGUCGGCAUCAUUCACUGAUAAUACAAGGCGUUACUUGUUAGAGAUCGUGAGUGCAUUGGCGUUGCUGAGAGAGGUGAGGAGGGUUAUUAUCAAUCUGGGUGGCCUUCCUUUGCUUGUUGAGUCUGCUAGAAGUGGCAGCAUGGUUUCUAGAGCCAGAGCUGCUCAGGCAAUUGGGUUACUGGGGGUCACAAGAAGAGUUCGACCCAUGCUUGUUAAUCUUGGUGUGAUACCACUGCUUAUAGAAUUGCUGCAGGUUGGAGAUAUCUCCGCCAAGUUGGUAGCUGGUAAUGCACUUGGUAUAAUCGCAUCCCACAUCGAUUAUAUUAGAUUGGUUGCUCAAGCUGGGGCAAUUCCUUUAUAUGCAGAGCUUCUCCGAGGAACUGAGCCCCUUGGAAAAGAAAUUGCAGAAGAUGUGUUUUGUAUCUUAGCUGUUGCAGAAGUAAAUGCAGCAUCUAUAGCCCAACACUUGGUGGGGAUUCUUAGAGGAGAUGAUGAUGAAGCCAAGGCUGCAGCUGCAGGUGUCCUGUGGGACCUGUCGAGUUACAAGUAUUCUGUAUCUGUAGUUGGAAUCUCUGGUGCAAUUCCGGUCCUGGUUGAACUUUUGCAAGAUGGAAAUACUGAUUUAAAGGAGAGGGUUUCUGGGGCUAUUGCCCAAUUGAGUUAUAAUGAGGGAGAUCGAGCAGCUAUGGCUGAUGCAGGUGUCAUUCCACUUCUCAUUAGUUUGUUGCAGGGUGAAUCUGAGGAACUGAAGGAUAAUGCAGCCGAAGCCCUGAUAAAUUUCUCAGAAGAUCCAUUACAACACGAUAGUGUAUCUGAAGCAUUCAACAGUCCUUCCUUCCUGAACAUACAAAAUAGGCUCAUUCGAAUCCGUGCAACUGAUGAGCAUAUGGUUAGAUCUUUGAGACAGAUUAGCACUGAACAAUUCAUAUGGGACCCGGAUCUUUUCUGACUUAUAUUUGAAUACUCCUUUGUUUUUGUAUAUAUGGUUGUUUAUGCUUGAUCUCAUUUGGUUGGUACUUUGGAACAAUAACGGGGAAGAAGGAGGCACUGAAUGUUGGGGGAGGGGGAAUAGUGCUGGGGUAGGAGAGAGAGAGGCAGGCUGGCCAUCUGACAUAUUACAAUUGCUCAUUGUAUAUUGUUUGGGUGAUGACUUUUAAUGAAUAGUUUUUUGUUCAUCA